CAGGUAGUAGGCAGUCACUAAAACUGGAUACACCUGCACCGCUGGUAUUUUACAGUAUCAACAGCAGCAUCAGCAAAACUAGGCAAACCGUUCGUAUUUCAUUCUGCUAAAAGAAAUAAAGCAGCUUCAUUUCUCGGUGACAUGAGCGAGGAAGACAGACUUUGUGAACUGGCAACGGUGUCCUUGCAUGUAAGUGACCUGGAGACUGACCCUGGACUGGAAAACUCCCAAAAACACGAAGAUCAAGUAAAUAUAUGUGAAGGUGGAAGGCUGUACAACGGCACUGUACACGGAGGAUCGUCGACAAAACCUUUUCCCAAAUGUGUGGACACUACUGUAGGCAGCAGCGCUGACUCAUCUGAUUUAGGAAAAGCGAAACUGUGUACAGAACAUCAAUGCGAACUACAGUUGUACUGUAGUACAGAAGGAAAACUGACCUGCUCGCAAUGUGUGUCCGAUGGGUUUUGUCAGGGUCACGCAGUGACAGAACUGGUUACCCGGGCAACAAUAGUAAGGAAUCAGUUGGUGGAUGUCUGUGAGGAAAUGCAGCUGCAAGCCAUACGGAUCGAACGCUUCAUUGACCGUACACUUACAGCAAGAGAGAAAGCUGUACAAACAGAUGCAAACAGGGCAAGAGAACGAGUGUUGGCUCAGGUGAGUGUGGUGCGCGAGGCUUUGGAGGAAGAGGAGCAGCGUCUCCUGGAGGCUAUACAGAGAGAGGAAGAGCGUGUGGAGCAGUGCCUCCUCACUCAGAGAGCACACUGGACUCAAACCCUUGAGAAACUCACCCAAACACGCACCAGCCUGGUGCACACACUCACACACUCAACAGAUACAACGCUUGUGAGCUCUAAUGAAGAAAUAAAUAACAGGAUUGAGGAUGCAGAAGGAGUUGGUGACCCCCGAGAUACUGAGCAACUAAGUUUCAACAGAAACUGCAGUGACAGUAAAGUCAUGAUGGGUUUAUGGGCCAGUGCAUUACUGCUUGGGCCAUCUGCUCACGGCUCAACUACAAUGCAAUUUGAAAAGCAAACCGUCAGUCCUCUUCUCUCCCUCUCCAAUGACCAGCGCACGAUAACAUUCCAGCCCAAACGCCAGCGUCAGUUACCCCCCUAUGACUCGGAACGCUUUGACAACUUGCCUAAUGCCCUUUGUUCCCCUUCUAUGUCUUCUGGUACUCAUAGCUGGGUAGUUGACGUAGGCACAAGCGGUGCCUUCAAAGUAGGCAUAUGCUAUGCCAGCAUAGAACGCAAGGGGUCUGGCAAUGAAGCUCGACUGGGCUAUAACACAAAUUCAUGGGUGCUCUCGCAUUAUGAUGGAGACUUGUCUUUCUGUCACAAUGGAUGCAGUGUGGCUAUUUCAUUGGCUAAGAAACUGAAGAGAGUGGGACUUCUGCUGGAUUGGCCCAGUCAGACUUUGCUGUUCUAUGAUCCAGAAUCUAUGUCUGUGCUGCAUGUAGCUAGAUAUGCUUUCAGAGAACCACUGCUAGCUGCCUGCGCUGUGGCUGAUCAGAGCAUCUCUAUAGUGCACUGAACACUGGAUGAAUGGUAAUAUUAGGAUGUUGAAGGAAUGGAUCAAAUGUUAUAUGCAAUGGUUUGAACCAAUAUAUGCAAGAAUAUGCAACAAGAGAAAGUGUAAAUCAAGCUGUUUAGUUUUUUACAUACCAGUAAUUUCUAUAUUUUGCCAAACUGCUUACAAGCACAUCUUUAAAAUGUUUUUUUACAUUUUACAUUUUUUAUUAAAAAUUUUAAUUUAAAUGCGUAUAUGUAUUGUGUAAGUAAUAAUUCCCCAUCUCUAUUACCCCAAAAAGUGACAUUGUUUUAGUCAUUAUCUAUAUUAUUAUAUAAAAAAAGUUUGAUUUGUCAAUGCUUAAACUCAAAAUUCCUGACACUUUUAUUUGACAAGCUUAUUUUAGAGUUUCUAUGUGAGCAUGAUAUCAUGGCUCUGGUGUCCCUGCAAUUCACAAGAAACAGAACCGCCAUGUAAACAUGCAAAAAAAAGUUAAUUUGGAAUAAUGUUACCAUUUGCCACGUUCCAUUUUUAAGGUAUAUUUAAAUACAGUAACUUUUUAGGGGUGGUUAUCUGUAAGAGAUGAGACCUAUAUAAUAACAAUAACAAACUCCUGUUAAUAACUGUUGCAUAUUAUCAAAAAAGUCCUAAAUCUCCUUCAAUUUCCUAGAAGAUGAUAACAAAACUUGAUAAAGAAAUUUGGCAAAAUUAGCAUUUGUUCUGCAAUUUUCUUUUCUUAUUGUUUAAUUUUAUUGUUAUCAAUUUUAGGACAUUUUAGGCAUGAAUAAAUUAAUGUACUGUCAAA